CCCUCUUUCUGGGGCGUCACUUCCGCCCGGGCCCCGCCGGGUGAGCCGGAGGUUUCCGGCCGGAGCGUUAAUAGCGGCGGACCGGAAGUUGCCAGCCGGCAACCCCAAAACGGCUUAAAAUCCACCCAAAAGCGGCUCCGGAUCGGGCCCGGAGGACCCCCCCGCCAUGCGCCUGAAGCUGAAGAACAUCUUCCUGCUGUACCUGGUGGUGUCGGUGCUGGGGCUGCUCUGCGCCCUCCUGCAGCUCGGGCAGCCCUGCGCCUGCCCCCCAGCACCGGGGGCCGAGCGGAGCCGGGGGGGGGCCCGGGGGGGGGCGCAGGCCCUGCCCACCAUCUACGUGGUGACCCCGACGUACGCCAGGCCGGUGCAGAAGGCCGAGCUUGUCCGUCUGUCCCAGACCCUCCUGCACGUCCCAGCGCUGCACUGGCUGGUGGUGGAAGACGCCGCCGCCCCCUCUGCUCUGGUGGGGGGGCUCUUGGCAUCCAGCGGGGUCCCCCACACCCACCUCCACGCCCCCACCCCCCCCGAGCGCCGCCCCCGCCCUGGGGACCCCCCCUGGGUACGAGCCCGGGGGGCGGAGCAGAGGAACCGGGCGUUGCGGUGGCUGCGCGACACCAGGACGCCCCGGGAUGGGGGGGUCGUGUACUUCGCCGAUGAUGACAACACAUACAGCGUCAGGAUCUUCGAGGAGAUGCGCAGCACCCGUUUGGUGUCGGUGUGGCCGGUGGGGCUGGUCGGGGGGCUGCGUUUCGAGGGGCCCGUGGUGUCGGGGGGCCGAGUCGUGGGGUUCCACACGGGCUGGCGGCCCGAGCGGCCAUUCCCACUGGACAUGGCGGCAUUCGCCGUGGCGCUGCCGCUGCUGUUGGCGCGACCGGGGGCGCGAUUCGACCCCCAGGCCGAACGGGGGUUCCUGGAGAGCAGUUUCCUUGGGGGGCUCGUCACCCCACAACAGCUGGAGCCCAAAGCCAAGAACUGCACGGAGGUCCUGGUGUGGCACACGCGCACGGAGCGGCCGAAGCUGCGGCAGGAGGAGCAGCUGCAGCGCCAGGGCCGGGGGUCCGACCCACGGAUCGAGGUGUGAGAGACCCCCCCAGGACCCCCCCACGGGACCCCCCCACGGGACCCCCGGGACCCCCCCACGGGACCCACGGGACCCCCGGGACCCCCCCACGGACACUCGGACUCCAUUUACACACCAGGGACCCCCAAAUGCGGGCAAUAAAAUCUGCUGCUCCAGACUCGA